AUGGAAUUAUUUGAUGAAAUUUCAUUUCGUUAUGUUAAAACGAUAGACAAUCAAGUGCAAGGCUGCAGUAUUGAAGAGGUUGAAGUAGCACCGCCCGGGAAAGGAGAAGUUAGGGUUAAAAUUUUAGCGACUGGAGUUUGUCACACAGAUGCCUAUACACUUUCAGGCAAAGAUCCCGAGGGAGUAUUAUGGCCCAUAAUUUUAGGACACGAAGGGGGUGGUAUCGUUGAAUCAAUUGGAGAAGAUGUUACGACAGUUCAACCGGGAGAUCACGUGAUACCUUUGUAUAUUCCCGAAUGUCGUACAUGUAAAUUUUGUAAAAGUGGAAAAACCAACCUUUGUUCUAUAGUGAGGGCUACUCAGGGACGUGGAUUGAUGCCGGAUCAAACAACUCGAUUCACAUGCAAAGGUCAAAAGGUUUAUCAUUAUAUGGGCUGUUCUACCUUUAGUCAAUACACAGGAUAUGGUGCUGCCGUAAAUACCGCAGAUAUUCAACCCAACUCCACAGUCGCAGUAUUUGGUUGUGGUGGUGUUGGAUUAUCUGUUAUUCAAGGUGCUGUUGCACGUAAUGCACGUCAAAUUUUCGCCGUUGAUACUAAUCCAAAGAAAUUCGAAUAUGCCAAAAAAUUGGGAGCCACUGAUUUUAUUAAUCCCGCAGAUUAUGAAAAACCUAUUCAACAAGUAUUGGUCGAAAUGACUGAUGGAGGCCUUGAUUACACCUUUGAUUGUACUGGUAAUACAGGUGUUAUGCGUGCUGCGCUUGAGGCAUGCCAUAAAGGAUGGGGCCAAUCUAUUAUUAUCGGUGUAGCUAAUGCAGGUGAGGAAAUAUCUACACGACCAUUUCAACUUGUAACUGGUCGUGUUUGGAAAGGAUCAGCUUUCGGCGGUGUUAAAGGAAGGAGCGAAUUACCUGGAAUUGUCGAAGAUUAUUUGAAUAAAAAAUUAGAGGUUGAUAUGUAUGUUACUCAUAAAUUUAAAAUUGAAGAAAUCAAUAAAGCCUUUGAAGCAAUGCAUGCGGGAGAUUG